AGCAUACAGAGGCUCCUGUGAAAUGUCACUCCCAGCCCUGGGAUUUUCCAGCAGAGCCAAAGGAAUGGGGAUCCUCGUGCUUGUUUUCAUACUCAUGUCCCUGACCCAGCACGGAGAUGCCCAUGGACCUGACAGCUGUAACCAGGGAGGGGGCCUGUGCAGAGUGGGAAGCUGUGCUUCUGGUGAAUACCUGGCUCAGUUCUGCUUUGAACCUGUCAUUCUCUGCUGCAAAAAUCUGUCACCUGCUGCCACAGAGAGCUGAAGGUUUCCAGAGGAGCCCCUGCAGCACAUGGAGAGCUGCAGGCUCCACUGGCACAGCAUGAGCAGCUGCUGGGAAGGAGAUUUUGUGGUUUCUGUGGCUGUGGAUUCACUCAUGGACUCCUGAAUACUUUGGUUUUGCUGUAACCUUUUUAGGAAACAUUGUGAGACAAGA